UUAUUCUUCCCCUCACUUGUCCUAUAAGCACUGUAAAUCUGUAGAGAAAAUUGUUCCUCGCCAGCUACCAUAGUACGAGCUUAGAACACCUUAUCCCAUCCCCCAUGAUCCAAGCCUUCUGCAUUUAUUGACACAUAAUGAAUUUAGCAGGAGACAGUCUGAGCUAGUGUCACUAGCUCCUGUAAGAUAUGGAAAAUGAGCCCAUAGUCAUUAUUUAACCAGGCAUUUGCACCCUGUCAGUUAGCUCAUCCUCUUUGCAGUAUGGAUAAGGAUAAAGAACUUCAGCCACCCCAUUAGCUAUUGUGAGCAACAAGGGAGUGUGCGGAGUCACUCCUGCUGUGAAUGCUGCUUCCUUGUACUGAACAAAAGGACUGAGAUACAAAGGAUGACUUGCUGUGCAAAGUAUUUUCUUUGGCUAUUCUUAUGGCAAGAUAUCCUGCACGGAGCUUGUGGUAUUUCAGAACCAUCUUAUAUUGCCAAAAGUGAAGACCGAUUAUUCAAAUAUUUAUUUCAACAGCAAGACUACCAAAGAUGGGUUCGUCCAGUUGAACACUUGAACGAUACAGUGAAAGUCAAGUUUGGCCUUGCCAUUACACAACUUGUGGAUGUAGAUGAAAAAAAUCAACUAAUGACUACAAAUGUAUGGUUAAAGCAGGAAUGGGUUGAUGUUAAAUUGCAAUGGGACCCCAAUGAAUUUGCUGGAAUAACAUCAAUUCGUGUCCCCUCGGAUUCUCUUUGGAUUCCUGAUAUUGUUCUGUAUGAUAAUGCUGAUGGGCGCUUUGAAGGUUCUGUUACAAAAGCUGUGGUGAGAUAUGAUGGCACCAUAAACUGGACACCACCAGCAAAUUACAAAAGCUCUUGUAUCAUAGAUGUGACAUUUUUCCCUUUUGAUCUUCAAAACUGCUCCAUGAAGUUUGGCUCAUGGACCUAUGAUGGAUCUCAGGUUGACAUCAUUCUUGAAGAUUACCAUGUGGACAAGAGAGACUUCUUUGACAAUGGAGAAUGGGAAAUUGUUAAUGCAACUGGAAACAAAGGAAAUCGAACAGACGGUUGCUGCUUUUAUCCAUAUAUUACUUAUUCAUUCAUAAUAAGACGUUUACCCCUUUUUUACACACUUUUUCUAAUAAUUCCUUGCAUAGAACUUUCUUUCCUGACAAUACUUGUUUUUUAUCUGCCUUCCAAUGAGGGUGAAAAAAUUUCUCUUUGUACCUCGGUCCUUGUAUCCCUAACAGUUUUUCUACUUGUGAUAGAAGAAAUUAUUCCUUCUUCAUCAAAGGUCAUACCUCUUAUUGGAGAGUACUUGGUGUUUACCAUGAUAUUUGUAACAUUAUCAAUUGUUUUAACUGUUUUUGCCAUAAACAUUCAUAAUCGUUCUUCUGCAACACAUAAUGCUAUGGCACCCUGGGUUCGCAAAAUAUUUCUUCACAAACUUCCGAAACUUCUAUGUAUGAGAAGUCACGUGGAUAGAUACUUCACUAGAAAGGAAGAAAAAAUCAGAGGACCAGAUUCAUCCAGGAAUACCUUAGAGGCAGCCUUGGAUUCCAUCCGUUAUAUUACGCGAAAUGUAAUGAAGGAACAUGAAGUGCGAGAGGUGGUUGAAGACUGGAAGUUUGUAGCUCAAGUGCUGGACAGAAUGUUUUUAUGGACAUUUCUUCUGGUUUCUGUUAUCGGUUCACUUUUCCUAUUUAUUCCCGUCAUACAUAAAUGGGCCAAUAUUAUUGUGCCUGUACACAUUGGAAACAUGUAUGGAGAGAAAAACACAUAAACAUUCACAAAAAUCAUGUGCAUAAAUUAUACAUUUGCUGCUUUGCCAAUAUUUAAUGUUUUAAGAGAACCUAUAUUUUAUUAUUUAAUUAAUUAACUUUAUUACUUAAGCUAUAUCCUAAAGUUCCAGAAUGUUAUAUGUUUAUUUUGUAAUGUUUUAUUUAUUUUCUUACUAUCAGAUGUAGGCCUAUGCACUGUGUAUCCUGCAGAAUAUCAGAUGCAUGUCAUCCUAAUCUGUAAGCAAAUCUCUGCGGUGUAAAAUAAUAACAAACCUCUUGUUACUAAA